AUGGUAGGAAGCAUUUUGGGGAAGAUAAACAAUAACACAGCUUCAAAUGGAUCAUCUCAGAAUCAUAACAAUGGAUUAGAAGAGAAGCUUGAUGAGUUCAGAAGCCUAAUUGGUAAAACCAAUGGUGACACUUUGAGAAUUGUGAGUAUUGGAGCUGGUGCUUGGGGAAGUGUUUUUGCAGCACUUUUACAAGACAGUUAUGGACAAUUUAGAGACAAAGUACAAAUAAGAAUAUGGAGAAGAUCGGGGCGAAAAGUCGAUAGAGAAACGGCGAAACAUCUCUUCGAAGUUAUAAAUUCAAGAGAAGAUGUUUUAAGAAGGUUGAUACGACGGUGCGCGUAUCUGAAAUACGUCGAAGCGAGACUUGGUGAUAGGACAUUGUUUGCUGAUGAGAUUCUUAAAGAUGGUCUUUGUUUGAACAUGAUUGAUACUCCUGUUUGUCCUUUGAAAGUUGUUACUAAUUUGCAAGAAGCUGUUUGGGAUGCUGAUGUUGUUGUUAAUGGUUUGCCUUCGACGGAAACUCGCGAGGUUUUCGAAGAGAUUAGUGAGUAUUGGAAAGAGAGGAUUAGUGUUCCUGUUAUCAUUUCUUUGUCUAAAGGUAUUGAAGCUGCUUUGGAGCCUGUUCCUCAUAUUGUUACUCCUACAAAAAUGAUUCAUCAAGCAACUGGAGUGCCUAUGGAGAACAUACUAUAUCUUGGGGGUCCAAAUAUUGCAUCAGAAAUCUACAACAAAGAGUAUGCAAAUGCUAGAAUUUGUGGAGCUGAGAAAUGGAGAAAACCUUUAGCAAAGUUUCUUAGACAACCACAUUUUAUUGUUUGGGACAAUAGUGACCUUGUCACACAUGAAGUCAUGGGUGGAUUGAAAAAUGUCUAUGCAAUUGGAGCUGGAAUGGUAGCAUCGCUUACCAAUGAAAGUGCUACUAGCAAAUCAGUGUACUUUGCACAUUGUACUUCAGAGAUGAUAUUCAUCACUCACUUGUUAACUGAAGAGCCUGAGAAACUUGCUGGACCAUUACUGGCCGACACAUACGUCACGUUGUUAAAAGGGCGUAACGCAUGGUACGGACAGAUGUUAGCUAAGGGUGAACUAAGCCCUGACAUGGGCGACAGAAUUAGCGGCAAAGGAAUGAUUCAGGGAGUAUCUGCGGUGGAGGCAUUCUUCGAACUUUUGAGCCAAUCAAGCUUGAAUGUGUUACAUCCUGAAGAAAAUAAACAUGUUGCUCCUGUUGAGCUUUGCCCUAUCUUGAAGACACUCUACAAAAUAUUGAUAUCCAGGGAACAAUCAACACAAGCUAUUCUGAAAGCUCUGAGGGAUGAAAAUCUGAAUGAUCCGCGAGAACGCAUUGAGAUUGCGCAAAGUCAUGCUUUUUAUAGGCCUUCACUUCUUGGACAACAGUGA